UGACUGAAUUAUUUUGCGAAUUGCAACAAUCCCGAGGAGGUUAUGACGAUGACCGGGGCCCAGGUCGAUCCCAUAUGAUCCCGUCGUCUGGCUCGCGUGAUAGAUAGAAAGCGGCAUUCGGUGCUCAUAGGACUUCUCGGGCAGACGACGACAACGGCGACGAUGUUCGAAGGGGCUAUAGCGGCAUUUUUGAACCGCCUGCUGGGCAGAUACGUGGAAGACCUGGACACAGAGCAAUUCAACGUCGGUAUUUUCUCCGGGGAUACAUGCCUCACUGACCUGAAAUUGAAGCCCGAGGCUCUGUAUCAAUUGGGAUUACCAAUUAGAGUAGAGAUUGGCUUGAUAGGGAAAAUUAUUUUGAAAAUACCAUGGUCUGGACUCUUCUCGCAACCCAUUGUGAUAUGCAUAGAGGAUGUAUAUGCAGUAGCAGUACCUGCAUUAUCCGGUCCAUAUGAUCCAGAGAUACAGAAACGUUUAAUAAGAGCGGAAAAAAAGAAGAUACUUGAAGAUCUUAAAGAAGAUGAUAUAUUUAGAGCUGGUCUACCUCCUCAACUAUUCGAUGGUCUAUUGGCGUCAGUUACAAAGAACUUUCAGAUUACUAUAAAUAAUGUACAUAUUAGAUAUGAAGAGAAAAUAUUGCGCAACUUCCUCUGUGCCUGUGGUAUAUGUAUACAAAGUAUAUCUAUAACGACUACCAACAACAAAUGGAAGCCCGGGGUGUGUGCUACAAAUUCACAAACGGUAUACCAGCUAAUACGGGCAGAAUCGCUCAGCGUGUACAUGGAUCACGACACUGAAUCCUGCAUAAAUGUUGAGGGCAAUUGGGACAUGUCCACUUUACUCGCGUGGAAAAUCACGAUGCAUCGAGCUUUGCAAACGUUUGGAAUGAAGAACAAAGAGUUUCAGUUUUUGUUGAAGCCAUUUACGGCCAAGAUUAAAGUCAUUAUACACAAGGGCACAGAAACGCAGGCUUCACGUAUGUUAGUCGAUAUUGUACUUCAAGAUGUAGCGAUGCAAUUAUCCGAAGCGCAAUACGCCACAUUUUGUCAUAUUUAUGACUCCUUGCUACGUGCGACUAUUAACAGGCCAUAUGCUAAAUAUCGCCCUGAAAAAAGCGUGUAUGAGGAAUCGUCAGCCUGGUGGAAAUACGCGUAUAAUUUUAUUUUGAAUCACUACAUUAAGCCGUACACUUGGUCACAUAUAGCUAAACACAGAGAAAAUUAUAAAAAAUACAAAGAGACAUGUAUCCAAAGUUUACAACGGCCAAACGAUACGGAGUUGAAAUUGGAUAUGCAGAAACAUGAAGACAACCUGACAAUAUUAAAUGUAGUGAUUGCAAGAGAACAUGCUAGACAGGAAUUGAGAAACAAGGAUAUGGAGCGAGAGUGCCAAAUCACAACAAUGAGUUCAUCGAAAGAGGACUUGCAACACAAUGUGGAAUCUAUAUUACCAGAUCAAGCACAAGAUGUAACAAAUCAAUGCAGCAAGGGGGAAAAUCCAAACUCAUUGCCAGAUAUAACGGAAAAUUCGUCUAUUUCAAAGAUAAAAGAAAAAUCGCUGAAACAAAUCGAUUACAAAUUAAACUUUACUUUGGCAAAUUGUUGUCUAAGCCUUCUAAGUAAAGGCAAAGAAAUGCUGAUCGUAACCGUCACGCAAUUUCUGACAAGUGUCGAGGCACGGCCUACAUUAUUAGCUUUCAAGAUAUCUGUUCGUGCUGAAAGUUUUGUAAUUGAAGCUAUAUCAACCGAUGGCGAUUUGGUUCCUCUAAUUACAGUAGAUAAUGUGUUAACAGGGAAUGUAUCUACGUAUUUUUUGGCGAUAGAUUUUGAGAAAAAUGGAUUAAAUAUGGAUCCUAUUUUUGAAGUAGCUAUAAAGUUGGAAGCUAUUGAAGUGACUUACCAUCAUUUUGCAAUAGUGGAAAUUAUUAAUUUUUUUAAAUUUAAUACCAAUUAUCUCCACGAUACGAUUCGCGGAGUACACAAAUUGUGGGACUACGUCAAAAGAAGAUAUCUGAACUUUGUGGACGACAUCGUUUCACAGACAUUGAGAAUCAGCUUCAAAAUAGACAUCAAAAGUCCUUAUAUUAUAUUUCCCGAACACGGAUCAAUUCAAAAAGGAGGGCAUAUACUCGUUUUGGAUUUCGGUAACAUAACGCUGACCAACGAGCUUCAAGCAACGAAUUUACAAUUGGAAGAUGCCACUCUCAUGGAACUAGAAGAAUUACUCUAUGACAGACUUAAUAUAAUGUUUUCCGGUGCGCAAAUUUUAUUUUGUCAUUCAGGCGAUGAUUGGCGCUCGGUGAGAAAACGGAGUGAUUCAGAGUAUCAUUUGUUACCUAAGCUGCAAGCAAAUGUAACACUUUCAUACAGCAUUAGACCCGAAUAUCGUCAAUUACCACGGACAAAACUUAAUGUACACAUCUCGAACAUGAAGUUUAAUCUAUCAGAAAAUAAACUACGAUUGCUGACGUAUUUCCUGAAUAAAUUGCUAGUACUGUACGAAAACAAUAUUGAGAAAUAUAAAGCCACCAUAAAAAAUUCGAUUUUUGGACGAAAAUCUAGUAUUAUUUUUAUUUCAACGAAAGAAUUAAUGAAAGUACAAUCCAGCGUAUGCUUGCCAUCUGUUAUAGUAAUGCAUAGUGGUUUUAAACCUGUCAUUAAGGAAGUUGUAACUAAUAAUGUACCAAAGCUUGACAGAAGUGUCGUCUCUUCGGAAGUUAGUGAAGAAGAUUUGGAAUUAUUAUCUAAAACGAUUAAUUUGUCUGGAUUUGACGAUAAUAUAUCUCCGUGUAAUCACAUUAAUUUGUUGCUUCGAUUUGCUAUAGGAGAGUUCUCCGUGAAUUUGGAAGAUACGGCAGAUAACCGAGAACAGCCUUAUUUAAAUUUGAGAAUGCAUACCUUGUACUAUGAAACGGCUAUGAUGGAAUAUGGUGUUGCUGUUCAGUUUGGCAUCGGAUCAAUUUUUUUGGUUGAUAAGACAAAUGCUGGUAUUACUGGAUCAUAUUUAGAACUGAUAUCUACUGAUGAGUCUUACGAAGUUCUCGUUGUUUCGUAUCGUAAGGUUAAAUCAAAUUGCCCUGAUUUUAAGUCACAUUUUAAAAAUAUCGAACGUUCGCUGAUUAUGAAUCUAUUGAAUAUUAAUAUAAACUUUCAUAAAUCCGCAUUGUUGAAAAUGAAAGACUAUUGGAAUAAAUUUCAAGCUGUGUGCCACGAUACUCUCGUAUCUAAGUACGCCAAGAAAAUGUGCACUACUAUCGUGAAACGUGAACAAUGGGACAUCGAUCCACCCAUUCCACCAGGUGCAAUUAAACUAAAUUAUUCAACCAGGCUCAGCUCGUUGGUAGUACGGUUCUGCGAUAAGGAUAUUGAUUUAAUGGAGAUUAAGAUUUUGGGCUUGGAAAAUGAUUGCAUCUAUAAUGCGAAUGAAAGAAUGGUGCUGCGUGUACAUCUCAGGAACAUACUUGCUGAAGAUUUGAUUAAUGAUACGCUUUAUUCCAGAAUUUUGACGACCGAUGAAGAUAAGGUUUUUGACCUGAAAUACGUGAGACACACCCCACGAUUAUAUAAAUGUUCAGAUAUCGAUACAAACCAGGAUGAUGUAAUGUCGGAUGGUACCUUCAAGCUUUCUAUUGGACGAAUAAAUUGCGUGAUCAUUUCUAAAAUUCUAUACGAUUUACGGAAUUUUAUAAUACCAUUUACUUCUGUAUAUUACACGCGUUUUUUGUAUUAUUUGAAAAAUAAAUUCGUUGGAGGAAUUGAAUUGUUUAAGAGAAGCGCGACGAAAUUGCAUAUUUUUAUCGAUAUACAAGGGCCUACUUUUUUACUGCCACAAAAAAAAGAUGCUCCGAGUCUCCUGGUUUUUGAUACAGGCAUAUUAUCAGUUGAAAAUUUUUUUAAAAAUAGUAAACAGUCAGUCAAAGCGACCGCUGGCGAUAGCAAUUCAUUAAUAAUUGAUAAUAUUUUGGUAAAAUUAAAAUCUAUGACUGUGUCCAGAGCAAUUAUGACGCUGACUCGAGACUUAGAAGUCCAGGAACCCAUUAUCGAGCCUAUACAAAUUCAGUUUGAUAUUAAGAGAAAAACGGAGUAUCGUAGUAUUAUUGAAUUUCACACUUACGGUUUAUUCAAUGUGCAAGGUGCUAUUGACAUCAUAAAUAUAAAUUUAAGUCAGAAGGAUCUCAAAUCUCUUAUAUUAGUGUGGCAAGAUAAUGUUUCUAAGAUACCACUGCUUAAGAAAAUCAGCGAGAACGAAGAUAGAAUUUUGAUGCAAAAUUCCCAAAAGAGUAGCAACGAAGACGAUGUUAUGGUAAAGAAAUUAGAAAACUUCUUAACGCACAAUGAAACUGCACUGUGCGAAAUCAAUAUUAAACUUACGUUGGAGGGUUUGCAAUUAAAUUUAUUUAUGGAUACGGAAGAGGUGUUGAGCUCUCCUGUGCGCGAUUUAAAUCACGGUCUGUGCAAGCUGAGUUUCGGGGAAACUAUAAACACUUGGGAUUUCUAUAGUGACAAGAGUUUGAAAAUGAAAUUGUCGUUGCAAAGUUGCUUAUUACAGGAUACCCGCAAGGACUUGGUUAUUGAGAAAAGGAUAAUUCAAUCGCCGGCAAUAUCUUUAGAAAAGAAUUUAGAGUCUUUUAUUUCCGUGUCGAUGUCUCCUAUAAUUGAUGUUACAUACAGCCGUACUCAAGCAGAGGAAAAGUGUUUUGAUGUUCUUAUUCAAGACAUACGAAUUAAUUUGUCUGUUCCUUUUUUAAUGCACUUGGGACGUUACUUUCUGGAUUCCUUACCCGGCGAACAGAUAGAAAAAGGAAUUAUCAAUCACGGAUAUGAUAAUAAUAAUCAGAUGAACCGGAAUGCUUUAAAUGCAGAAAUUGACAAAUUAAAUUGUUCCCAAUAUUUUAAGGAGCAACCAGGUACUUCUAUAUCAGUUAGAAUACAAAAGCCAGACAUCUUUUUAUUCGGUGACUUGGAGAAGAGUAACACACAUGUGAUACGAAUGCAGGCGGAAGUGUUUAUUGAAAGUAGCAGACACAGCCGGUCCUCUUCAAUAGUUUGUACUCUAACCAACAUUAAUGCUAAGACUAAAAGACAGGGGAAUUAUGAGUCUCCAUGUUGGUUGUUAUGUCCCUGUGAUAUUGAAAUUUGUAAAAAGAAAUUGUCUUGCGGCAAUGAAGAAAUUACUGUUGUUAUAAAUAAUAUCAAUGUACAUCUAUCGGCGGAGGUGAUUCAUACUUUCGUCGACAUAUUGAAUGAAGCAUCGACUUUUCUGAACAGUAUUAAUUCGAAAAUAGAUGACGGUACCAAUCAGAAUACAAAUGUGCACAACAAUCUUUGGACCUCAAGAAAAGUUUCUAGUAUACCGUAUAAGAAAACUGACGAAGGUGACACGGAAUUGUAUCGUCGUCGCAACGAUCAUGUAACAUUCAAUUUGAGACCCGUAUCAAUAUGUUUAUUGUUGGAAAUGGAACACGCCAUAGGAAGAGUUCCAGUAAUGAGAAUGGAAACUGUCGUCACCACUACCAUUAACGAUUGGCGCAACAAUUUUCACCUCGAAUCCAACGUAAAACUUCACGCGUUUUGCUACAAUAGAGCUCGCCAGAAUUGGGAGCCGUUCGUGGAAUUUUGCACGAAAGAUGAUGCAAACUAUAAACCAUGGGAAUUUACUAUCAAGAUUUAUCGAGGUGAAGCAAGUAUGAUUAACUCUAACUGGAUGGAUCCUUGUCGCGACAUAAAACAAGAUCCAGUAAAAUCGAGAAAGAAGGACAUGCAGUACAAUGGAGAGGAUAUGACAGACAUGACGUUUAUUGGACCUGACGCUGAUAUGAUCUCUGUUACAAAAAAAGAACCUGAAAUCUAUGUCACAUACGAGGAUGAAUCCGACACGGACGAUGACGAGAGCGAUACGAAAUUAACAAAGAUUUCAAGUUAUCUAUUCAGUAAUAAUAGUGAUGAUGAAGAGAGCGAUUCCGACGACUCGAGUACAAACGAGGACGAGGAAUUUGAAUUGAUCCUAGAUUGCAAUCCUGAAUGUUAUAAUCCUGAUGUGCAUGCACCACCAAAAACGAAUUGCACCGCAUCACACAUUAUUGUGUAUUCGGAAGAUAAAGUUAACAUCACCAUAACGCAAGACAUGAUUACAACGUGGAACGUGAUUUUGAACGCGUUCACGCAAGCAAGGGGUGGAAUCCCGUUUGUGCCUGCUAACACGCGGGAAUUGACAGUGCUGAAUGACAUAGGUCACGCGAGUCGAGUGGAGCUACUUGUCCAAGAACAAGUAGACGGUAAGAGCGAUACGCGCGUCGUAGGCGCGUAUAGUUUUCACGACGGAAGUUCGCCAGUCAGCGUGCCCAGCAGUCCUGAAAAUGAACAGGCGGCGGAUCUCACGAGUCCCCAGUGGGCUGGUAAAGAAACCCUUGUGACUGUGUCGGAGUGUAAAGUUUUCCCCGCCGAUUCACCAAUGCACGUUUAUAAAUUGAUAACCAGCGAACUCCUUCGUAUCGUGUUUGAUGGCUUCGAAGAUGUGUUAGUGUAUUGCCCAAAGAAAGAAGCGCGUAAUCUCGUAUCGCUUCGUCCUGUUAGACAUGAAGUUCGUUAUUACCUGGUGAUAGAGGCAUCGAUAAACACUUAUUUGCACCGCACAAUUUGUGUACGAUCUCCAUUACAGUUUCGAAACGAAACCUCGUAUGCGUUGGGACUUUAUUAUAAGAAAGCAAUAAUAGACAAAUUAGGCCUGACGCUAACUGGUGAAACUACGAAUCCUUUUGAUCAUAAUGUGAGAAUGGCGAUCAUAGAACCUGACGCAACUUAUAACAUUCCUCUAUAUAUUGCUUAUCAUUGUCCGAUCCAUGUUCUUCCUGCAUAUCUAGAGAAAUAUCAAAUUAGUGAAGAAGGAAUUUAUUGGAGAGAUAUGAGGGGUACAGCAAAUGCAUUUAAAGACGUAUGCUGUGAAGCAAAAGGCGACAAUAACCGCAAUGUAUUCUGUGUCAGGGCGGUAUGCACAGAAUUCCCGUUAAUGACGCGUCCGUCAGGCUGUCAAGUACCGAAUUACUUAAUAAAUAUCGUACCACCUAUUAUUUUCAAUAAUCAGCUACCCUUUGUCAUCGAUGUCAAUAUACCUGCCAUCAAUUACGAGGUGAAAAUUGAACCCGGAGAGAAAAUAAAUAUGCACUCUCUGAAUCAUAGCAGUAACGUGCAUUUUGUUUUCAAGAUACACAAUUAUUUAGGCACGACUUGGAUGGGCGCGGUAAAACUAAAUAUGAAUCUAGAGCGUAAGUUUGUGUUAAUGUCUACAGACAGCGAGUCGGACUUGACGAAACCUUUUUUGCUGUGCUUAGAGUUGUGCAAAAUCCUUAGCUGGAAUAUCAUUAUACAAUCGCAGUAUUGGAUAAUAAAUAAGUCUGGCUUGCCGUUGUUUGUUCAGGAUUGCCAUUCUCAUAUAACGUAUGAGAUGCCGGAAGAGGAAUUAAUGGUAUUUUCCCAGAAGAAUAAUAAAAAGAGCAUGGUGCAAUUAAGGGCCCAUCAAUCCGAAUGGUCAGUACCGUUUGGAUUGGAUGGGAUCACAUCGAUGUCGUUGAUCGUAUGUCGCGAUAUCGAACGCGGACGAAAGUAUCAGAUUUUGACAGAGAUAGAGAGUUCUCGUUUGUCGCCGAUUUUCACCAAGAUAAUAACAUUUCUACCGUACUUCUUCAUCUGUAACAAAACCAAAAGGGCCUUGAGAUUCAUGGAGGAGAAUGAAGAGGCCGAUCUUUGGAACGAUCUCUUGCCCGGGCAAGAAAUGUCAUUCUGGCCCGCUACGGAGUCUAUGAAGAUGAAAAUAAAGUGGAGAAAUAGCCAGCUGGUCUCGCAACAUUUUGAUAUUACACAUAUGGGCAAAACUGUGUUGAGAAUGGAUAACGGGUCAGCACUGUGCGUGGAGAUUGAAGGUGGCGUCAAUACUCCAUACCGCAUAACAUUCCGAAGAUAUAUCACCGGUGAUAUACCCGUGAGAGUGGAUAAUCUCUGCGACAAACUGUUUCUAAAGUUAAAUCAAGUUGAUUUAGGCCAAGUUGCAUUGCUCAAACCAUUCCAAAGUUUGCUGUACACUUGGGACGAUCCUACUCAAACUAGAGAAUUGAUCUGGAAUGUUUACAGUAAUAACGCAAUCGGAUACAAAGCGCAAUUUGAGACGGAUGGCUACGGACACGAAAAAGUAUCCUUCGUAACUAUUGAACGACGUCAUAGCGCGUCUCAUUCUUCCAUCACUCCAAAGUCGCUGGCGAAUACGAAAUCAUGGUCGGAGGACACGAAUGGAAGUGUCAAUCACGGUCCUAGUGCGGAGAGCGAGGAAAAGUUACAAGGAUUAGAGCAUGUACAUCAGGGUGAAGCGGAAGUUUACUGGGUGAGCUACAUGGAAGGUGACCAACGCGUGUUGCUGUUUACGCAGCACGAGAGCGUGUACCUGAAAGCGAGGAGCAUCAUUGAUCCCGAGGCGAGCAAAAGAGAAAUAUUCUUAUCAAUUGCAGCUAUCGGAAUCAGCAUUAUUGUACAGGAAUCCAAUCUUCAUAACGUCAGGCGAGAGUUACUAUACGCCAGUGUGAUCGACUCCGCCGCGAAUUGGGAGCUUUACUUCAGCAAACGAUGGAGGAAUCUGUCGCUGGAACUAACCGCCUGGUUAGAAAAUAAAUACACGAAUUCUACGAAGAUGGCACAGCUCGAGAAUUUCAUUGAUGUUGACUUUACAAAAAUGCAGAUGACUAAACCGUUUUUCGGCAAGUUGCGAAGGACAUAUUCACCAGGUAUCUGGUUGCAUUGUAGGAAAUCCACAACACUUUGUUACUUGCAAGGAUACGUUCAUAGAAUACAGAUCGAUAAUCAAUUGAGUGAAGCUACCUUUCCAGUAGUUUUAUACUCCAACUUACAAAAGACUUUUGUAAAUUAUGCUGGAAGCCGCAGAUUGAAGCAUUGCUUAGAGUUUUCGUAUUUAAAGCAACGCAAAUUAAGAAAUAUUAUUUACAAAGGAAUAUGUGUAAUCAUCAGGGAAUUCAAUUUGAAUUUAGAAGAGACCUUCCUGUGCUCCUUGAUCAAUUUGGUACCUAAAACACCGGAAACUAAAUACUCGAUCGCUGCAAAACUCAGGAGAGACGUCUCCAACAUGCGUGUUCUUUCGGUUGGCAAAAUUCGUAAUGACACGAACGGCAAAAGGAAAGAUUUGAUAGAGCAGAUAUACAUUUCUCCGAUGACGUUGCGCUUGAAAUUAUUGGCCAACACGGACGGAUCUAACGCGCGUAAUUUUAGCAAUGUGCUCGGUUAUCACAAUAUUCUUCGAUUUAUCUUCGAGUACGCCGAGAGAGGUACAUUUGAGAGGAAUGUUGAAUUCAGAUUGCCCCAUUAUCGAAAUAAUUUUAUUACCGUGGACAGUAAACGAUUCCUCUCGCAUCUUUCGCGCGUUUACGUGGCGCAAAUUAUGGAGCAGUUUCACGUGUUAGUGCGCUUUACUACCGUCCUGGGAAAUCAGUAUGGGUACAACUUUAAGUUACCUGGGAGCUAUUUCUGCGAGCCGGAUUUGUUAUUAAUGUGUGGAGAUGAAUCUGCGGAGAAGCUGGCGCACGAGGUCGCAUGCGAGCUGGGACAUGCUACACCCGACGGUACGCAAGCCUCAUUUUUAAGCGGCCACGACGCUCACACGCUUCAUUAUAAGAUGAAGGAUAUGAAUUAUCGGAAUCCAGAUGUGCAGUCUUCGGCGUUUCUAGUCGAUCAUUCGUUCGCUACAGAAAUCGAUUUGGAGACUUCCGGCUUGAUCACUACGUCAACGAAUAGCAUUCAUCGAGAAGAAUUAAGAUAUUUCUUCAAAACAUUGGGAAAGAAAACAUCCGUGCUGUUCAAGGCAGAAAGCUCUUGUUUGAAAACUUAUUCGAAAGUAAUAGCGAACAUAAUAAAAAGAGCACAAGAAAUGGGUCUCGUGUGUAGAGUGCGACUGCCGCGUUAUAUUAAUCCACAUUUUGGCGUGGAAUCAUUCUCGACGCACAAAGCGAAAGGAAUGUACUUAUUAAACGCUAUUAGUACAGGUCAUUGUGUUCAAAACGAUUCUUAUUGGGGACACGCUGCGCUUCACGAUGACGGAAAAUACAUUACACUCGUAUCUUUGCAACGGAUAUACUACAUAGAGAAAGGAAGUACAUGGGGAUCAUGGAAUGUGAAAUGGACUUUAGAAACUAAUCAAUUGUUGUCGCCACCAACUGUUGCUAAGAACAAACUUGUUUUGCAUCUAACAGAGAACGAGGAAGAGACGUCAUCGUCCAUGGUAGACUGGUAUGUGGAAAGCGAGGCUACGGACAUCUUGGAAUGGCUAUGUCGCAAAAUAAACAACGCAAUGAUCUUGAAUAUGGAGAGCAGUAUUUGUUCUAAAUGAGAAUUGGGAGUUCGUUGACGAGGCCACCGCAGAGGGGAAACAAAGAACAAAGGGAAUGAAGAGAUCAGUGUAUUUACAUAUUUAGUUCAGCGUAAUAAAAGUCUAUACGGUGAAUGCAAAAAAA